CAGUUAACAAGUUUAACGUAUGAUUAUGGACAAGAUUCUUUCGAAAUGCAAAGUUGCCGAGAUUGUUUACGCAAGGACAAGGACAUACUUGACCUAAAAGAACAGUUGAACAGGUCCAACCGAUAUGAGCACAAAAGAAAAUGUCCCGAGUGUGAAAUGAAUGAAGCCACAGUCUCCAGUUUACAUGACCAUAUAAAACAAUUGGAAAACCAGAUUGCGGACACAUCGAGGCAGCUAGACAAUUUAAAACAAAGCCUUAAGAAAGAAAGAAGCGAAAAAGAAGAUGCCUUGACAUGCUUAAGCUCGCUAGCUUCAAGCGAGUUGCGGGACAACAACCCGAAUAUUACGAACUUGAGUGACCAGAAUCGACCUACAAAGAUCGCGGAGAAGAUGUCCGAACUUUAUGAUAACGAAUGGACAGAAGCCUUUGACAGUCUUGUACAGUCAAAGUCUGAAACAGAUAUAAUUGUAUCGCUAUCGGGCGUUUUGAAGGAAGUUUUUGAAAUAUGCACAAGAUUAGCGUGGACCAACUUUUUUGAGAACAUACAGGCUGCUAUUUAUCCUAACAUACAGAAAGAACCUUUGUCUGAUCACUUCAAACAGCAAGUAAAGGAGUAUAGGAAGCUACGAGCACCAGGAAUGACGAAGCAUCUCUUAAAGGUAGUUCGGGAGAAAAUACCACGAGGUAUGCUUCCAUCACAGUCAAAAGAAAUGAUGGCAUAUUUCGCCAAGUGUUUAGAAGUCAGCUGGUUGGCAGCAGUACAGGACCCGCCCUUGGCUCUUAACUUUUGUCCUGGUGAAAAAUUUGAUACAGCCCUUUUUAAAGAUUAUAACAAGAGAGUAGGACCAUAUGUGGAGUUCCUGAUGAUCCCACAAGAACAGCUUUCAUCACAGUCGAGACAAGUGAAGGCGUAUUUCGAGAAGUGUGUAGAAGUAUGCUGGUUGGCAGCAGUGCAGGACCCGCCAUUGGAACUCAACUUCAGUCCCGGUGAAAAGUUUGAUACAGCACUUUUCAAAGAUUAUACCGAAAGAGGACCAUAUGUGGAAUUUCAGGUGUGGCCUGCACUUCAUCUUCAUGAAGCUGGGCCCUUAUUGACAAAAGGAGUAGCACAAGGCUGCCAACAAAAUCCAUAUAAUCAUAGAAUCGGCAUUCCAUCUGAUCAGUCGCUCACGCCUCAAAACAAACAACCACGGUUUAAUGAAGAAAUCAGAGAUGCCGAUCGACAAAAUUAUUCUCGGCAUGUGUCGUCAACGAAAUGAAACCAAAAUCAUUCUGCUACUUUCUACCAGGGAACGACACGGUCGGGUGACAGGUAUAAUACUGGAGAACAUCAUAAAACAAUGCAACCAGGUAGACUUGGACAUCAAGGUUAUAGAGACACUCAAAUCAAAACGAACAAUGCACACAAACAUACGCCGACGACUUCAAUGACAUCAAUAAAAUAACAAUAACUUGUCCCUUUUCUUCAAAAAAACAAACGAAUAUACAAGUGGAUGUUGUCAUUCAUAGGAAAAUACGAAAGGCAAGUUCCAUUAUACACUGUUCAAUUAUUUUGUGACCAAAUGAGCGUUUAAACAUGUUUAACCAUUAUAAAUACAUUUUAUAUAAAACAGCGGAUCGUUUGCUUGUUAAACAGUGUGCUACGUAUUUGUAUUGUACAUGUAUUAUUCAUUGGUGGUUUUUCUGUAUAC